UAAAAAGACAACAUAAAAAUAGGAUAUUUAAAAAAAUAUUUAAUAAUUCAAAAACAAUGGAUAAAUUGUUUUGUUUGGCAGUGUUUGCCAUAUUAGUAACAUUUUCAUUGGGAGCGCCGCAGGCGUCCACUCGGGCACCGAUACCGCCGCGCAGUUGCAAAGGUCACGAUCCGGACAAAUAUUUUCGCGAUCCGGACAAUCCUCAUAUAUUUCACGAGUGUUCGCACGGCCGAUGGGUCGGUGCCAACUACUGUCCCGGCGAUCUAGUAUUUGACGAAGAGCUGCAAACGUGUGAUCGCGGCGGUGAUGUACCGACUGUCAAAUGUCCAGAGGAUGAAGGCUUGUUUCCCUAUCCGGGCAAUCAUCACAAGUUUAUCGAGUGUCACGAUGGAUAUGGCUGGGUAUUGGUCUGUCCGGGCGAUCUGGUGUUUGUACCCGAAAACAAGACAUGCGAGUAUAAUGACUGGGACUGGACAUGGCCAACCGAUACAACUAUUGCACCGACCAAACCAACCGUUGCGCCAACAGAAGUACCGACAACAGUCAAACCAACUGUUGUACCGACAGCCCCACCGACUGUCAAGUGUCCAGAGGAUGAAGGCUUGUUUCCCUAUCCGGGCAAUCAUCACAAGUUUAUCGAGUGUCACAGAGGACAGGCCUGGGUAUUGGUCUGUCCGGGCGAUCUGGUGUUUGUACCCGAAACCAAGACAUGCGUAUAUAACGACUGGGACUGGACAUGGCCAACCGAUGCAACUAUUGCACCGACCAAACCAACCGUUGGGCCAACAGAAGUACCGACAGCAGGCAAACCAACUGUCCAGCCAUCGCCUCAACCAACUGGUGCACCAACUGGUAAACCUGUUCCCAGUGUCGACCCUUCAGCCGAACCGCCGAGCUUUUGGUGCCGAUUAAAAAACUUUUUCGGUAGAAAAUAGAUUUUGCAUUUAAAUUAAUUGUAAAUUUUUAUUAGUAAUAGUAAAUUGUUAA